UUUAUUAAGUUUACUUAUUUUAUAUUAUAUAAGGAAGCGAGUAAUACUAAGGAAUUAAUAUAUAUUUUCUUUAAAAUAAUUAUUAUUAACUAUAGUUUACUUAAGAAAAUAGUUUUUAAUAAGGAUAAGUUAUUUACUAUUAAAUUUUAA